UAGCAGCCCACAAGCUGCAGUCGUACCGUGGUCUGCCUAAACGCGAGUGCUUUUCCCCUGUGUCACGAAGAGACUGAGUAAUAAUGGAUUACCUCCUCAGCAGGGACUGACCGACUGACGGACCACGCACGGACACACCCCUGUUGUCAGCUGUCGAGGAGAGCAGCUCUGUAGCCGCAGUGAACCUGUCGCACCAGCAUGACCAAAGAAGAUGAGAUACCAGACUGGGUGGGCGCCCAGGAGUUCUAUGAUAAAUAUGAACCCAAGGAGAUCCUGGGACGGGGAGUGAGCAGUGUGGUGCGUCGCUGUGUUGACAAACGGACAUCUCAGGAGUACGCCGUGAAGGUCAUUGACAUCACUCCUUCGGACAAAAUGACUCCACAAGAGAUCGAGGAGAUCAGAGAGGCCACAGUGAAGGAGAUCGACAUUCUCAAGAAAGUCUUUGGACAAGACAACAUCAUUCAGCUCAAAGACUGCUACGAGUCCAAAGCCUUCUUCUUCUUGGUGUUUGAUCUGAUGAAGAGGGGCGAGCUUUUUGACUACCUCACAGAAAAAGUCACCCUGAGUGAGAAGGAAACCAGGAAGAUCAUGCGUGCUCUGCUGGAAGUGGUCCAGUUCCUCCACUCCCAGAACAUCGUGCACCGGGACCUGAAGCCAGAGAACAUCCUUCUGGACGACGAGAUGAACAUCAAACUCACUGACUUUGGGUUCUCUGUACAGAUCCAGCCGGGACAGAGGCUCAACGAGGUGUGUGGGACCCCUGGUUAUUUGGCUCCUGAAAUCAUCGAAUGCUCUAUGGACCCGAACCACAUAGGAUAUGCAACUGCUGUGGACAUAUGGAGUUCAGGAGUCAUCAUGUACACUCUGCUGGCCGGCUCUCCUCCCUUCUGGCACAGGAAGCAGAUGCUGAUGCUUCGUAUGAUCCUGGCAGGGAAGUACGACUUCUCCUCUCCAGAAUGGGAAGACCGCUCGGACACUGUUAAAGAUUUGAUCUCUCGAAUGUUGGUGGUGGACCCCAGACAACGCUACACAGCCAGUGAUGCUCUCAACCACCCGUUCUUUUCACAGUAUGUGGUGGCUGAAGUGCGACAGUUCAGUCCAUACAGGCGGUUCAAGGUUAUUUGCAUGACGGUGCUUGCCACAAUGCGCAUCUACUGCAACUACCGCCGUGCCAAGCCUGUCACCAAGGAGGUGAUCAAGAGCGACCCCUACGCUGUGAAGCCCAUCCGUAAGCUCAUUGAUGCCUGUGCGUUCAAGAUCUACGGCCACUGGGUCAAGAAGGGCCAAACUCAGAACAGAGCAGCACUUUUCGAGAACACUCCCAAGGCCAUCCUGCUGUCGAUAACUGCCGAGGCAGACGAGUCACCCCUCCACACCUGGUAAAGCCUCUUGUUCCUCAGGGCAGGUCUGGAGGAGGGUACUGUAUGUGGACAUAUGUCCCCAGUCACUCUCGCUCUGCUCAGUGUGGAUUUUUCCUUUCUGUCAAAGGAAUGGUCUGGUAAAACAAGACAGCUUCCCUCUCUAGGCUAGUUUUAAAUGAAGUUUGGUUUUAAUGUGGAGCACAGAGUUGCUCUCUUUUGGAUGGUGCCUGGAAUUGGAAUACAGCAUUGUGUGUUUUGCCGACUUGUCAUUUUGCCAUGAGGGGGACUACAACUUAAAUGUUUUUCUCAGAGAUCCUAAAAUGAAAUGACUGUAGCAAACAACGUACCUGCAAAACUCACGUUUGGGUGAUAUGUCAUUGUUUCAGGUUAACAGUUUACUUGCUUUUUUGUCUUAGGUGUAGGUGAAAUGGCUGUAGAAAUGUCAGUAGUUACUGGUUAAAAGAAAAGAAAGAAGAAAAUGUAUGUUUGUUUUUGAAACUAUAAUGUAUGUGCACUGAUUUAAAAUGAACCCACUCUAAAUCUACCUUAUAUCCAGACCCGAGGUCAGUUAUUACCAGUUGAUGCCUGUGUAGAACAAUUAAAUCCUUUAUUCAUGCUUAUAUAAGUCACAUAAUCAACCUGUUUCUGUAAGACUAUGCAGCAAUGUUCAUACCUCAUGACGUGCAAAGACUGUGUCCAUUUUAUAUUUUUCUGAAUCCAGGGCCUCACUCAUAAGUUUCUAAUGAAAAAGCAUUGUGGCUACUACCAAAUCUCAAAGAUGUAUUUAUAACUUUAUCUCAGUGGGUUUCAUCCACCUCAAACUCUUCAAUCAAAUUCUAAAUCUAAUUUCAAGGUAGGAGUAUAUGACUGAUACAAAAGCUAAUUUAAAUGUGUUAAUGUCCCCUAGACUGAAUUCAUUUAUCAUAUUGAUGGAAUCUAUGAUAAAAAGAUAAUUAAUCAGUGAGGUUUCUGGAGCAUAAGUUUGUUUUUUUUCCUGAUAAGCAGCUGGCUUGUCAGAACUGUGAAGCAGACGCUUUAUAGUUAAAGCAGAACUUGUAGUAUAGCACUUAUAUAAAUCAGCUGACUAGAAAAUGUACGCUUCUUCUGUUCACCUUCUUCAGUGCAUUUCUUACAGAGCUUCCCUCUUGGGUAAUUAAUCAUACAUAUUCAAGCAUUAAGAAAUGCACUGAGCCUGCAUACUUGAAAUGGCAUGGACUUAAUGUGUGUAUUUGGACAUUAUGCAGGAUGUACUGUACUGGGCUAUACAGUGUACCACUAACAGCUUCACAGGGGCAGUGUUACGAGUGGGGAGACCACUUUAAAUGUAUGCCGAGGUACUCAUGGAUUUAUUUAUUAAAAACAAAACAAACAAA